AUGUCUUCAAAAUUUGAUUAUUCAGGAAAGGUUGCGCUGGUAACAGGUGCAGGUGCAGGUAUUGGCCGUGAGACUGCACUUGAGUUUUCGAAAGCCGGUGCCAAGGUAGUAGUAGUCGUCGGCCGCACUGGAUCCAAAGUGGAAGAAACAGUUCAAUUGAUUAAUGAAGCUGGCGGAGAGGCUAUCUCAAUUGCCGCUGACGUCUCGACAGAGGAAGAGGUGAAAAAAGUGUGGAGACUACAACUUAACCAUUNCGGGCGGUUAGACAUAGCAUUUAAUAAUGCUGGUAUUCUAUAUGAAAACCGUCCUUUGGCAGAUGUUACGUCCGAGGAAUGGCAUCGUGUCAUUUCCACCAAUCUUGACAGCAUCUUUUUCGGCAUGAAGUAUCAAAUACGUGAAAUGCUUAAGCAGGACGGAGGAGCGAUUGUUAAUACUGCCUCUGCUGCAGGCGUCACAGGUAUCCGCGGAUGUGGACCUUACUGUGCUUCAAAAUUUGGCUUAGUUGGCCUUAGCGGAGCAACGGCAUUAGAUUAUGCCAGUUCAAAUAUUAGAGUGAAUGUGGUGGCACCAGGCUUGAUCGAGACGCCAAUGUUGGAGCGUUAUACCGAAGGCAAUGCGGAAAGACGCCAAGCUGCCAUAGAUACGACACCACUUGGCCGCGCUGGCUAUCCCGAAGGAAUUGCUGCAACUGUUUUGUGGCUCUGUUCAGAAUUAGGAGCGUUUACGGUUGGAGCGACCUUGGUGGUUGACGGUGGUCAGAUCUCAUAG